AUUUCCUUCCCCCACUCACUUUCUCAAAAAAUCACCUUAGCCUCCAUGUUUUGACAUUCCCCAAAUGCCCUUCACAUGCCAUCAAAUUUCCAUACUUUUACCCUUUGCUUGUAACAUUAAAAGAACACACUUUUCUGUAUACACAAAAACUUCAACUCCUUUUAGUUCCUCAAAUCUUGGGGGUAGUAAACGAAAGUGAACCCGUAAUGGUGCAUCCCGUGGCUUUCCAGAACGAUGAAGAGCUUUCAUUGUUGUCUAUUAACAACAAUGGUGACCAGUCAUGGAGGUUAAACUUUGAUGGGUAUCAGUUAUCGACAGAGCAUAAAGAGAAAAAGCAGCCUAGUAGCCUCCAUGACUGUCUUGGGGUUUUACGUCCGGAAGAUGAUGUAGCUGAAUACUAUCAGCAGCAGGUGGAGAUGCUUGAAGGGUUUAAUGAAAUGGAUGCAUUAGCAGAACGAGGCUUUAUUCCUGGAAUGUCAAAGGAAGAGCAGGAAAAUUUGGCCAGAAGCGAGACUUUUGCUAUUCGAAUAUCGAAUAUUGCCAAUAUGGUUCUCUUUGCUGCUAAGGUGUACGCGUCUGUUAGAAGUGGUUCAUUGGCCAUUAUAGCAUCCACAUUAGACUCUUUGCUUGAUCUUUUAUCUGGCUUUAUCCUUUGGUUUACUGCGUUCACUAUGCAAACACCCAAUCCUUAUCAGUAUCCUAUUGGAAAGAAGCGCAUGCAGCCAUUGGGAAUUCUUGUUUUUGCCUCAGUUAUGGCCACUCUGGGACUGCAGAUAAUCCUGGAAUCAUUACGUGCAUUAUUAUCUGAUGAGAGUGAAUUUGAGUUGACCAAAGAGCAAGAGCGUUGGGUUGUGGGCAUUAUGCUUUCGGUGACUUUGGUUAAACUUCUUUUAAUGGUUUACUGCCGCUCUUUUACUAAUGAGAUUGUUAAAGCUUAUGCCCAGGAUCAUUUCUUCGAUGUUAUUACGAAUAUAAUUGGGCUUAUUGCCGCACUUCUUGCUAACUAUAUGGAGGAUUGGAUGGAUCCAGUUGGGGCAAUAAUUCUGGCCUUGUACACCAUUCGCACCUGGUCAAUGACGGUAUUGGAAAAUGUGAACUCCCUUGUUGGGAAAUCAGCUACUCCAGAUUAUUUGAAGAAACUCACAUACCUUUGCUGGAACCAUCACAAGGCUGUUAGACACAUUGAUACAGUCCGUGCUUACACCUUUGGGUCUCACUACUUUGUUGAAGUGGACAUUGUCCUGCCUGCUAGCAUGCCCUUGCAAGAGGCUCAUGAUAUUGGCGAAUCCUUACAGGAGAAGCUAGAGCUGCUGCCAGAGAUUGAGCGCGCCUUUGUUCAUCUUGAUUACGAGUACACGCACAAGCCUGAGCAUGCACAGUCACACCCAUAGCAAGGAGCAGUUCUCUACUAUGUCCAUUUGGUUUUCUUCCAUCAAAAUCUGCCUUGUAUCGCGUCGGCAAAGCUUAGGGCGGACAGAGGGUAAGUGCUUGCUUGCAAAUAUCAUGUCUAGAUGAUUAUUUAUUGUAAAUUCUGGUAAUGGGCAAGUUUCACAUUUGGAUUGGUGGCAUACUUGUAGUAGGAAAGAUGAUUUAAGAAAAAAACAUAGUAGAUUAAAUCUGCCACUGUCUCAAGGAGUCCAUUAGUAAUUAGUACAGCUUCUUGGGUGUUUUUCUUCUGAUGCUGUGCUGAUCUCUAACAGUAUGUAUGCUUUGUUGUGAAAGUAUUGAUAAAGGAAUACAGAUUGAUGGCUAUCUAUUUAUCUCA